GAACCAGGGACGUUUUAAGGCGGAAGGAGACAGUGUGUGGUGAGUCUCGGCCGUGCCUAGAAAAGGCGGCCGGUGGAAGGAGCUUGUCUUUCGGCGGUCGGAGGCGCCUGACACGAUGCCUGAGCAAGUGCAGCGCGAUGAGGAGGAUGCGGAGACCUUCGCCUUCCAGGCGGAGAUCGCCCAGCUCAUGUCGCUCAUCAUCAACACCUUCUACUCCAACAAGGAGAUCUUCCUGCGGGAGCUCAUCUCCAACGCCUCUGACGCAUUGGAUAAGAUCCGCUAUGAGAGCCUGACUGACCCCUCAAAGCUAGACAGUGGUAAGGAUCUCAAGAUUGACAUAGUGCCCAACCCCCGGGAGCGCACACUCACCUUGGUGGACACUGGCAUUGGGAUGACAAAAGCAGACCUCAUCAAUAACCUGGGCACCAUUGCCAAAUCUGGAACCAAAGCCUUCAUGGAAGCCCUGCAGGCUGGUGCAGACAUUUCCAUGAUCGGACAGUUUGGUGUGGGUUUCUAUUCUGCCUAUCUAGUGGCUGAGAAAGUGGUUGUCAUUACCAAGCAUAAUGAUGAUGAGCAGUAUGCUUGGGAGUCAUCAGCUGGCGGCUCCUUCACUGUCCGAACUGACCACGGUGAGCCCAUUGGUCGGGGCACCAAAGUGAUCCUGUAUUUGAAGGAGGACCAGACAGAGUACUUGGAGGAGCGGCGUGUCAAAGAGGUGGUGAAGAAGCACUCUCAGUUCAUUGGCUACCCCAUCACACUCUAUACUGAGAAGGAGCGUGAGAAAGAGAUCAGUGAUGAUGAGGCAGAGGAGGAGAAAGAUGAGAAGGAAGAGUCAGCAUCCAAAGAUGAGGAGAAACCCAAAAUUGAGGAUGUGGGCUCUGAUGAGGAGGAAGAGGAAGGAGGUAAAGGCAAGAAGAAGACUACCAAGAAAAUCAAAGAAAAAUAUAUUGACCAGGAGGAGCUGAACAAGACCAAGCCUAUUUGGACACGCAACCCUGAUGACAUCACCCAGGAGGAGUAUGGCGAGUUCUAUAAGAGCCUUACCAAUGACUGGGAGGACCAUCUGGCUGUCAAGCACUUCUCUGUGGAAGGGCAGCUGGAGUUCAGGGCCCUGCUUUUCAUCCCACGCCGUGCCCCUUUUGACCUCUUUGAGAACAAGAAAAAGAAGAAUAACAUUAAGCUGUACGUGAGGCGUGUCUUCAUCAUGGACAGCUGUGAUGAGCUCAUCCCUGAGUACCUAAACUUUAUCCGGGGUGUUGUGGACUCUGAGGACCUGCCUCUGAACAUCUCCCGUGAGAUGCUCCAGCAGAGCAAGAUCCUCAAGGUGAUCCGCAAAAACAUUGUGAAAAAGUGUUUGGAGCUCUUCUCCGAGCUGGCAGAGGACAAGGAGAACUACAAGAAAUUUUAUGAGGCUUUUUCCAAGAAUCUGAAGCUGGGCAUCCAUGAGGACUCAACCAACCGAAAGCGCCUUUCAGAGCUGCUGCGUUACCACACAUCCCAGUCAGGUGAUGAGAUGACUUCGCUUUCAGAGUACGUGUCCCGUAUGAAGGACAACCAGAAGAGUAUCUACUACAUCACAGGGGAGAGUAAGGAGCAAGUUGCCAACUCAGCCUUUGUGGAAUGCGUGCGGAAGCGUAGCUUUGAAGUGGUGUACAUGACGGAGCCCAUUGAUGAGUACUGCGUGCAGCAGCUCAAGGAGUUUGAUGGCAAGACUGUGGUAUCAGUCACCAAAGAGGGGCUGGAGCUGCCUGAGGAUGAGGAGGAGAAAAAGAAGAUGGAGGAGAGCAAGGCCAAGUUCGAGACCCUCUGCAAACUCAUGAAGGAGAUCCUAGACAAGAAGGUGGAGAAGGUAACUGUCUCAAACCGGCUGGUCUCAUCUCCCUGCUGCAUCGUCACCAGCGCCUAUGGUUGGACAGCCAACAUGGAGCGCAUCAUGAAGGCUCAGGCACUGCGAGACAACUCUACCAUGGGCUAUAUGAUGGCCAAGAAGCACCUGGAGAUCAACCCUGACCACCCAAUUGUGGAAACCCUCCGCCAGAAGGCUGGUGCUGACAAGAAUGACAAAGCUGUCAAAGAUCUGGUGGUGCUACUCUUUGAGACUGCUCUGCUUUCCUCUGGCUUCUCCCUGGAGGAUCCACAAACCCACUCCAACCGCAUCUACAGAAUGAUCAAACUGGGGCUUGGCAUUGAUGAAGAUGAGGUGAUUGCAGAGGUACCCAGUGCAGCUGCCCCUGAUGAAAUUCCCCCUCUGGAGGGAGAUGAAGAUACAUCCCGCAUGGAAGAGGUAGACUAAAGCAGGAGGAAGCCUCUUCCCUCACCUGCCAGGCCUCUGCCCCUUAUCAUGUCUGCUUAGGGGGGGCAUCUGCUGCUACCAGCUGCCACUGACUCCUUGCUGGUGUCUGUUUUGGGUUUGCUUGUCUGGGGUUGUUUUUGGCAGGGUGCAGGAGGUCAUCAUUCCCUGUUUCUCAGUAGUGAGUGAUUCAGACAGCCUGAGGCAUGUCUGUUCUGUGUCUUUCUGCUUGUGUAGGAACAGCUCCCAUCAGCUGAUGGGGAGUGGAGGUGAGGAGGCAUCAGACUUCUCCUCUGUCCCCACCAUGGGGUCUUCCAUGUUCCCAGUAGGCAUCAAACUUUGUUCUACUGGGGUGGGAGAACCCUUCCUCUGAGCUGCUGCUUCCCUGAACCCCAGGGUAGGAUAUUGUAUUUCAGUUAUGUUUUGUUUGUUUUCCUGGGGCUUUUAUGUUCUUCUGAAAUUAAAGUAUUGAAGAAUGUGAUUUA